CUUAGCUUUUCGAGGCAUGAACAUGGAUGAGCCUUUUGAUGGGAAUCAAAGCACAUUUCAGACAAUUAAAACAGCAAACGUUCAGCUUGGAGGCAUUUUUAUCGUUUCUGCUAUGACUUUACAUGUUUUACGAGGUGAUUCUCCUCAUCUGACAAUAAAAGACUCCGGAAACAGAAUUUGUUACUCUGCUGUUCCAUCAACAACUACGAUUUACUUCGAUCGAGUGUUCAAAACAAAAAGUUUGUCAAUGUAUUUUAGUAAAGAAGUUACCAUUAAAGAAAUAGAGGUGUUCGGUGGUAAGAAUAUUGCCCUCUGGAAAGCUACUGAACAGUCGACAACUCUGAAUGAAGCUUACACGUCUGAUAAAGCUGUAGACGGUUUAGGUAAUGGUGAUGAUAUAAACACGUGUUCACACACAUCUGAACUUCCCUCACCUCCAACCUGGAACGUUAGUUUGGGGAAUAAUUUCUCUGUGACUUCAAUGUACAUUGUCAAUAGAAAAGACUUCGAAACACGUAUAAAUAAUUUUAUUGUGUAUGGAAAACAAGGAGAAGCGAUUAAAAAUAUUUACAAUGACACAUCCAGCGACAAAAGGGAUGUUAUCUGGAUUGAUGGACGGUAUUGGAAACCAGAGCUACUAAGUGAGAUUAUCAUCGACGGUAAAAAUUUAAAUGAUGGAAGGAAUAGAAAGAUAUUAACACUGUGUGAAGUUUUUAUAUUAGCAUGCAGGCCUUUGGAAAAUGGCGAUGAUGACUGCAAAGGAUUUUGUCCACAAAAAUGCCAGCAAAGUGAACUUUGUCUCAAUGAAAACUUUACGUGCCCGAAAUGCAUUCCCGGAUGGAGAGGAGAUUACUGUCAAAAUGAGGUGACGUGUAAUCAGACACCGUUGAUGAAAAACGCCCUGAGCUACAAUCCAAGAAAACUACAGUACUCCUUCAACGAAACCAUACACUACAGCUGUGCAGAAGGUUACAUUCUCAGAGGAUCUACAUACGCUGUCUGUGCUCAGAGUUCUUCUUUUCAGUACCAUGAAGGAGAAUCUUCUUGUGAAAAGGUGACGUGUAAUCAGACACUGUUGACGAAAAACGCUCUGAGCUACAAUCCAAGAAAACCGCAGUACUCCUUCAACGAAACCAUACACUACAGCUGUGUAGAAGGUUACAUUCUCAGAGGAUCUACAUAUGCAGUUUGUGCUCAAGAUUUUUCUUUUCAAUACCAUGAAGGAGAACCUUCUUGUGAAGAGUCGACUGCAGAAAUCAAAUCAAGAAUGAGUGUAAUUAUCGGCACCACAGUGGGAACAGUUCUAGUUUUUAUACUUGUAGUCAUUAUUCUAGUAAGCAUAAGAAGAUAUAAAAAGAAACCAAGCAUUUAUAGAGACAUUGAUGAAUGUCGAUCUAUGGAGAAUCUAGAUCACCAGUACGCUCAAGUACAACGGACGACUAUAAAACAAGAAAAUAUGAAAACAACGGGUAAGAAAAUCAAUGCAUCUUUUAAUAGACUAGCAAAAGUCUCAGCCAAAAUGCCGUACUACAACUUUGGCAUGAGCGAAGAUAAAACUGAAACAAGUCAACAUAACACGUAUUAUGAUUUCACAUCAAAACUAAAGUCUUCACCUACAGCAGUAAAAGUUUCCGACUUCAAGGAUUUUGUUGAUAUUAAAAGAAGAGAUAAAGAAUACUUUGAUGAACAAUUUCAAAAACUUUACUCUGGUCUUCAAUUUCCUGCAACUGUUGCUGUUACACCAGAAAAUAGACCAAAGAACAAAUACAAAAACAUAUAUCCCUAUGAUGAAUCUCGGGUCAAACUAGAGGGAAGUGGAAGGGCAGAUUGCAUAAAUGCCUCCUACAUUCAUGGAUACGGAACAGUGAGGAGUUAUAUUGCAGCACAAGGCCCACUAGUGAAUACGAUUGAUGAUUUUUGGAUGAUGGUUUGGAAUGAAAGGUGUGGGAAAAUUGUCAUGCUUACAAAUCUUAUCGAGGAUGACAAGGUGAAAUGUAUUCAAUAUUGGCCAGAAGAAGAGAAAAUAAAAGCUGGAAAUCUUACAAUAGAAAUGGUGGAUAUGGAGAAUUUCUCUGACCUAACGAUAAGAACAUUUUGCCUAAAUAAC